AUGACAUCGGGAACGCGGAAGAGGCCAGAAGCCACUGACGAGAACGUAUCUCCGCACGCCGUACCAGCGGCCCCUCAACGUAAAGUUGCGUUGAGGAAUAAGCGUGCAUCGCUAGAGCGCAUCUUCGACGUGCCCUUGGAAAUAGAGCAAGAGAUUUUCGGGUACAUCGAUCCAGGAACCCUCUUGAAUCUGGCGAGACUCUCGAAGUCAUUUCGCGCACGGCUCAUGAAGAGAACUAUGGUCUGGCUUUGGAAACGAUGUCGCCAGAAUGUAGAAGGUCUUCCCGAAUGUCCAUCACAUCUCAGCGAACCAGCAUACGCCGACCUUGUCUUCAGCAAGCACUGCCACGGGUGUAACAAGAGUGGCGUGUCCAAGAUCAUCUGGGAGGCCAGUGCUCGCUACUGUGAUAAUUGCUUAGGCCCCAACUUGGUAGGCGUCGGCCUAUUCUUCGAUGACCCGGCCAACGAAAUGUACUCCGACUUCGAGGAGCUACUCCUCAAGGUCAAGAUAAACGCGCGUUGUAGCUUCCACAUGCCCGAGUUGCUGAAGCUGCAUUCGGCCUGGGUAGCCUUGGGAGAUGGCGGGUCCUGGUCAGAGUUCGCUGCAAGUCAACGUGAGGCUCUCGAGAUGAAGCGUGCGCACGUCAAAGCAUGCGACGAGUGGAAGAGAUCGACCGAUAGCGCUCGAGCGGAACAGUUACGGAACAUCCGUGACCAGCGCUUCUCAUUUAUCAGGGAUAGGCUGCUCGAGUUGGACUAUAGAUGGUCCCGAAUACGUACGCAAAUCCUGUCCUUCAUGGGCGGCCAGAUUCGUCAGCAGGGUAUCAUGACACGUAUCGAGGGGUUUGCUGAUCUUUUGGGCGAGGUCAGAGCGGAGAACAUGCGAGACUUGAACAUUCGCUGGUGGCCGGGGACCGUCGACAUCCUCCUAAUGCAAGGGACGUCUUACCGCGACAGGCUGUCCGGCCAGGGGCCUUGGCCAGUGGUUGGCGACGCCCGCCAGCAGCUGAAGACCGAGAUAAGGCAAGACGUACGGCGUUGGUUUGACGAGAAGAAAGCGGAAUUGGAAGCCAUGGUGAGAAACAUGAACGACGAUCCUUGUCUAUUCCCUACUAUGACGCAAGCUGUCGACCUCGCUAUCUGCACCCUCGUCUGCCAGACUUGUAGUUUCGCGAUUCGUUUCCCCGAGGUCCUGGUCCACGAGUGCUUGAGGGGAUACCGACAAAGGGCACGGGACGAAGUUCUUCGAUUCGAGAUUCAACGGCGGGAAGACCUCUUUGAGCAGACUGUCUUGAAGACUUUCGCCUAUUGCCCAUGGUCACUUGUCAACUACUCGAAACGAGAUGUGUCGCCUGGACCGGCGGUAGUGCUUGUGUCUCCCCCUGGCAUCGACGAAAGGCUCGAGUGGUUUGUGCUCUGUAGCAAGGACCCAUAUCGGACGACCUGGUGCGACCUGGACAAGCGCAAUCUCCUAUUCUGUCGACGAGACUCCGAGACAUCUGUGAAAGUAGCGGGCUGGCGAUUUGUAAUCACGGAUAAUCGGUCGGAGAUGCGGGACUGGAAGCCUGACGAUCCAUUAUACAUCUCGGAUGUCAAAAAGUAUCUCAAGGAGGAAGAGCCUGAACUCCGCACUUGCAGAGACCAGAAGAUCUGGCUGUGCGCGCGCUGCGCUGACCAGUGGAUGACCAGCUUUGAUUAUGCGGGCGUCAAGAGGCAUGUUCGUGAAAUGUAA